UAUGCAAGACGAAACAACCGACCACCGCAUUACGCGUGGCACCAUUUCACAACAUUCGGCAACACACGUGAUCACACGGUCUUUUCCGUCGAGUCAACGAAAGAGGGCAGCUGAGCACAAAAUAGUGGUUGUCCAUCUAAGACUCGAUCCAAAAUGGUGAACUUUACCGUAGACGAGAUCCGUGAGAUCAUGGACCAUAAACAUAACAUUCGUAACAUGUCUGUGAUUGCCCACGUCGAUCAUGGAAAGUCAACACUGACUGAUUCUUUGGUUAGCAAAGCUGGUAUCAUUGCAUCAGCAAAAGCAGGAGAAACCCGAUUUACAGACACCAGAAAGGAUGAACAGGAGAGAUGCAUUACCAUCAAGUCUACUGCUAUAUCUCUGUACUACGAAUUGAAGAAAGAUGAUCUCCAGUACAUCAUUGGUGAGAAGGACCCCGAAGGUCGCAAUGAUUUCUUGAUCAACUUGAUCGAUUCCCCUGGCCACGUUGAUUUCUCCUCUGAAGUAACAGCCGCUCUACGUGUGACUGAUGGAGCUCUUGUCGUUGUUGACUGUGUUUCAGGUGUAUGUGUACAGACUGAGACUGUGUUGAGACAAGCUAUUGGAGAGAGAAUCAAGCCUGUCCUCUUCAUGAACAAGAUGGAUCUGGCUUUACUUACACUUCAGCUGGAGGCAGAGCCCAUGUACCAGGUCUUCCAGAGAAUUAUUGAGAAUGUCAAUGUCAUCAUUGCCACUUAUGGAAUAGAUGACAACCCUAUGGGAGACAUCAAUGUUGACCCUAAGAAGGGAACAGUAGGCUUUGGAGCUGGUCUUCAUGGAUGGGCUUUCACCUUGAAAGACUUUGGUGCCAUGUACAGCAAGAAAUUUGGCAUUGCUGAAGACAAACUAAUGAGAAAACUGUGGGGAGACAACUUCUACAAUGAGAAGGAAAAGAAGUGGUCCAUUGAUAGCAAUGCUGGAGAUCGUGGAUUUGUCAAAUACAUUUUGACCCCCAUCUACCACGUCUUUAACACCUGCAUGAAGAGUCCGAAGGAAAAGGCUCUGGCCCUAGCUGAGAAAAUGGGAGUUAAACUUACAGUUGACGAUAAAGAAUUAGAGGAGAAACAGCUGUUGAAGGUUAUCAUGAGGAAGUGGCUUCCCGCUGGAGAUGCUAUGUUGCAGAUGAUUGUCAUUCAUCUUCCCUCGCCUGUCACUGCUCAACGUUACCGUAUGGAGAACUUGUACGAAGGACCUAUGGAUGAUGAUGCUGCUGUGGCUGUAAAGUCAUGUAACCCCAAGGGACCUCUCAUGAUGUACAUCUCCAAGAUGGUACCCACCUCUGACAAGGGUAGAUUUUACGCUUUUGGACGUGUUUUCUCUGGUACAGUUGCCACUGGAAUGAAGGCCCGUAUCAUGGGACCUAAUUAUACUCCAGGGAAGAAGGAAGACUUGUAUGAGAAGUCCAUCCAGAGAACCAUUUUGAUGAUGGGACGUUACAUUGAGCCUAUUGAGAAUGUCCCCUGUGGUAACAUCUGCGGACUGGUAGGUGUUGACCAGUACCUUAUCAAGACUGGAACCAUCUCUACAUUCAAGGAUGCCCAUAACAUGAGAGUGAUGAAGUUCAGUGUCAGUCCUGUUGUCAGAGUUGCUGUGGAGUGCAAAAACCCAGCUGAACUCCCCAAGCUAGUUGAGGGCCUUAAACGACUCGCCAAAUCUGAUCCUAUGGUGCAGUGUACAAUUGAAGAGUCUGGUGAACACAUCAUUGCUGGUGCUGGUGAGCUGCACUUGGAAAUCUGUUUAAAGGAUCUUGAGGAAGACCAUGCCUGUAUCCCCAUCAAGAAAUCUGACCCAGUUGUAUCCUACAGAGAAACGGUGUCAGAUGAAUCCUCCAUUACAUGUCUAUCUAAGUCUCCCAACAAACACAACAGACUGUUCAUGAAGGCCAGACCUCUAUUUGACGGAUUAGCAGAAGCUAUUGAUAAUGGCGACAUCACCCCCAGACAGGAAGUUAAAGAAAGAGCAAGAGUUUUGGCUGAUAAAUAUGAAAUGGAUGUUGGUGAGUCCAGGAAGAUCUGGUGCUUUGGACCAGAAGGAACAGGCCCCAACCUUUUGAUUGAUGUCACAAAGGGAGUGCAGUAUCUCAAUGAAAUUAAAGACAGUGUGGUGGCUGGAUUCCAGUGGGCAACAAAAGAAGGUGUCCUCUGUGAAGAGAAUGUCCGUGGCGCCAGGUUUGACAUCCAUGAUGUAACAUUGCAUGCUGAUGCCAUUCACCGAGGAGGUGGCCAGAUUAUCCCCACUGCCAGAAGAGUCCUGUAUGCCUGUCAGCUGACUGCUAAGCCCAGACUGAUGGAGCCAAUCUACCUUGUCGAAAUUCAGUGUCCUGAGGUAGCUGUAGGAGGAAUCUUCCAGUGCUUGAAUAAGAGGAGAGGUGUAGUGUUUGAAAAUAACCAGAUUGGAUCAACCCCCCAGUUCUUGGUCAAGGCUCACUUGCCUGUAAAUGAGUCAUUUGGUUUCACUGGCGAUCUGAGGUCCUGCACGGGAGGUCAGGCUUUCCCACAGUGCGUGUUUGACCAUUGGGAUGUCCUCCCAGGUGAUCCAUUUGAUCCUUCCAGCAAACCUGCCCAGGUUGUAAUAGACACCAGGAAGCGCAAGGGAUUAAAGGAGGGUGUACCAGCUCUUGACAAUUUCUUGGACAAACUAUAAGCAAGCGAGCUAUAGCCUAUUACUGUGAACUGAAAAAAGGACAGUUUUAUCUGUGUUGACAAUUAUAAGUUAUUUAUUGUUUCAAAAGGCAAAUUGUCAUUACUAUUGCUUCAAGUCCAUAAUGAAGUGCUUCAAAUCUAGAUUCUCUUGUUACGAACCUCAAUUCACCAAAAUUCAUAUAGUGCUCGUAUGUAAUGACGUGGGAAAUUCUAAACGCAAAGAAAGUUGUAUGAAGUUAUGAGAAAAAAAGUAAAUUAAAAAAAUGGAAAAGAAA